AUGAGCACUUCUGGUGACUUUGAAGUCAAGGCAACGGCUGGAGACACUCACCUUGGCGGCCAAGACUUCGAUAACAGAUUGGUGAACUACUGUGUUGAGGAAUUCAAGAGGGAGCAUAAAUUGGACGUUAGUGGAAACAAGAGAGCUCUUAGGAGGGAAUUAUUUACCAAGUGUAUGGAGCCUGUGAAGAAGUGCUUAAGGGAUGCUAACAUGGACGUAAGCCGGGUCGACGAUGUUGUUCUUGCUGGUGGCUCUACUAGAAUUCCCAUGGUGCAACAGCUAUUGCAGGAGUUUUUCAAGGGGAAGGAGCUGUGCAAGGGCGUUAAUCCGGAUGAAGCAGUGGCAUAUGGCGCCGCGGUUCAAGCCGCAGCCUUGACUGGGAAUGGAAAGGGGGAGUUUAUUCAGGACUACACACUCAAGGACGUCCUCCUCUGGCACUUGGUGUUGCAGAUAAGAAAUUCAUGCAGUUGA